AUGUCCGUGGUUGGGUCCCUCAUAUUUUGUACACAGUGUGGUAAUUUGCUGGACAACCCCUCAGCCGUUGAGGGGUCGGAUAUCGUGUGUUCUCAAUGUGGAGCAGGAUACGCCAAAUCGAAGUUCUCGCAAUUGCGAGUGGUGACCCGUACUGCCGACGAUGCUUUCCCAUCUGCGCUCAAAUCUAAAAGAUCCGUGGUCAAAACCUCGCUAAGCAAGGACGAGCUAGAAGAAGGCGCCACAAUCCGCGAGAAGUGUCCUAAAUGUGGCAACGAUGAAAUGCACUAUCACACGCUUCAGCUGCGGUCUGCCGAUGAAGGUGCCACCGUGUUCUACACCUGCACUGAGUGCGGUUAUAGGUUCAGGACUAACAAUUGA